AUGGCCAAACAAGGGGACCAGAUGAUCUACAAGCCAUCUUACAUGCUUGGAUCAGCAGGAUGGGCCAUCCUUUGGACCCUCUUGGACAUCAUCAUGGCCACCAUGCAUAACAUUACUCCAUACCUGGGUAGAUCCCAGCACCCUCUCACCAUUCCAGAAUCGGCAUUCGAAGAGCUCGGCAUUUCCUCACCAAACAAUGAAGUAGACAUCACUCACUUCCAUUGUUGCCCGAAUUAUCUCUUUACCCUCACCUGUCCUUCUCGUGAUGAGCUCCUAAACACUCUCCAGAUCUUCCAGCAGGGACUAUGUGCCUGCAUCAUGUGGCUGGCCUCGAGGGUCAACUACAGUGUAGGAAAAGGGUUCCAAGCUCGCAUCAACUGGGGCACAUUUGUGGGGAUGAGCUGGGAUGAAUUCCUAUUCCAUGUCUCCCCUGCUAUGGUCCUAGCAGAGGCUCAUUGUCAGGGUCUCACAGCCAAGGAAAUAACAAUGCACUAUUACACCAACAAUGAAUAUGCUCUCACAUGUUAUAUCCCUUACUCCCCUGUUGGUUACCCUGACCUAGCUGCGUACAUCCACUUUCCAUAUGACUCACGGUACUCACAAACUUCCUUCUUCCAGGACCUCCCAUGCCUGAUCAUGAACUACACUGAAAACACCACCUCCACUCCAGGCACCUCUUCGAUGGCUAUGUGCACUUCUAAUUCCGACUUCAAGAUGAAAGAUUUGGCUAUCAAAGAUAUUAUGGAACAAAUGGGAAACUUGUCCUUGGAAGGAUGA